UCCACACUCAUCCCAUUGACGGCGCCGUUGCCGCCGGUCAACUUGCAGUCGCUCCGCGAGAUUGACCUUCACGAGAUCCUCAAGAACCCGCAGUUGCGGCACGAUAUCCUCUUUGACCCGCAGUUGCAGUUCAGACCCAACUUGGACGGCGAACGCGGCCGCCGCAAAAAGGCCAUGGUCGACAAGUAUUGGACGGACGUGGAAAAGGAGUGCAUGGAGUAUGCGACCGCGACCAUGCACGGCGGUGCGCCCACCAAGGUGUUCAGCGCCCAGUCGUCGCGCCUCCCGGCGCUCUUCACAACGUUGCGCGAAAUCUUGCUCCUGCUCCUCCCGCUGAAGGACCGCCCGGCAGUAAAUGACGUGAUGGACACGGAGUUGUUGAUCCAACAGUUGAACCGCGGCACGUUUGACUUUGUGUCGCUCGCGCACUGGCUCGCAGGUGUGUUCAAAAGCCACUGCGCGCCGAUGCGCGACUCGUGGGUCGACGACAUGACGGCCAAGUUCGUUGAGGCGGACAGCGAAAAGACCGUGGGCAAGCUUGUGGAGGGUCUCCGCACCAUCUUUGCGAUUCUCGAGGCCAUGAAAUUGGACGUGGCCAACCACCAGAUCCGCGUCUUGCGUCCCGUGUUGGUCGAGACUGCCGUCGAGUUCGAGCGCGACUACUUCAGCCAGAUGAUCUCGCGCUGCAAGUUGGACAUCACCGACUCGUUGAACUGGUACCGCCGUUCGUACGUGAAGCGCGAGAAGAAGAAUGGCAAGAUCAACAAGAACUCCACUCGCGACCUCCGCAACUUGUGCGUGGCCGCUAUUCUCGACCUUCUCUCGUGCCGCUACAUGGUGUCCGAGUUCCCGUCGUCGCUCACCUUCGACCACGCGCGUUUGGUGUUGCUCCGUGCCGACAUCAGACAGUCUGUAUGCUUGCAGUUGUGCACCGCGUUAUACCGCCAGCUCUUGGGCAACUACCCGCAGUCCGCCGCGUACCGCGUCCAGGCGGUGCUGAAGGCGUCACUCGACGAGUUGCGCCUGGAGAUCUUGGCCAUCAUUACCGACGACAACGGGAACGUGAAGUGGACCCGCAAUGUAGGUGCCAUCGCGCUCCAGUUGACCAAAAAAGCAAUCACCCCACCCGCCAAGCCGGUCUCGUUGUUGAAGCCUGCCACUCCGCUCUCCGGUACCGCCACCCCGCCGCCGCCACCGGACUCGCUUAUCGAGUUUGCGUUCAACUGGUUGAUCAAGCAGAUCCAGCCGUCCUCCGAGAUCUACAAGUUGAUGGAGGAGCGCGUCUUUGCACAGUUGCUCGAGAAGUCCGCCGUGGCUGGUAACCAGGACAUCGUGGGUGUGCCUACCACCCCGGCCACUGCCGUGGCUGCUGCGCGUUCCCGCUCGGGGACGCCUGCGAACAACGUGCCGGACGAUAUCCAGACGUUGAGCAUUAAAAUUUCCACCUUGGCGAGGUUUCACUGGAACGUGUUUGGGUCGUACUACACGGAGUAUGUGUCC